AUGACGGCAAGUGAAGGCCCCACACAGAAAAUUCUUGCAACCUAUUCUCCGAAUGAUAUCCCAUCAAUACUGUCUUAUUCUUUCAUUAGAAAACAUGUUUUGGCAGUAGCAGGACAAGACCUGCCUCUGGCUUGCAACUGCAGCAGGUCAGAGUUGAACCUGGCUGUGAAUGAACAGAAAGAGAAAAUUACUGAAAAAGUCCUUUCAAUGACAACAAAGGAAUACCAUAAGGCACAAGAAGAAGUGAGUAGGCUGAUUGAUGAAUUGGAGACAGCUAUCAAAAGCAACAGAGGUCACCUCUCUAAACUUGGCCCCCAAUUACAGGCUGAGCAGGAGCAAUUCUGCUCUUAUGUCUACCAACACAUUAAAAGCCUUCCAGCAAACACUCUUAUCCCAGGAGGCCUGCAACUCAAGAUAUUUGAAAACGGUAAAAACACCGGAGAGAUCUCUGUUUGUAUCAGCAAAAAAGACCUGGAGUCUAAUAGCCCACCUCAAAGUGGCAACAGGAUGGAAAGAUUACUUCUCAAUAUUCAUCAAAGGAUUCAAGGAUCUUCCAUCAACCCACGAGGCCUCAAUUUUUCGUCAAUGCGGCUUUUUGAUGAGCGUGGUCAAGAAAUUAAGAAUCCACUUUUGCUGAAGAAUGAGCAAAAAAUUUGGGUCUCUUAUGGUAAAGCAUACAGAUCUCCCCUAAACCCUGUUCUGGGUUUAACCUUUGACCAGGUGACUGCAUAUGCCAGAGGUGGCAUGACAGUUGCAUAUAAAACCUUCUUGGAUCCUAAUGCUAUUCUGCUACCUGGAUGUGACAAUUGGGAAGUUUGUGAGGGAUUUCCAAUUAAUUUCGACAGUACCAGUCAACAGAUACCUGAUCAAUUUGAAAAGGUGGGCUUGGAGAACCAUUUCCUACAGAACAAGGUGGACCCCAAUAUUGUCCUUCAUGCCUCUGUUUUCAUCAGAAAGUGGAGCUUCUCAAGUAGUGAAGCAAGCAGCGGAAGUCAGGUAGCACGGUCAACCCUGUGGCCUGCAGCCAGUGUGUGGCUGAUCACGAAGACUGGAAUGAUCCUGAGCCGAGCAAUAACUCAGGGCUGCCUGGGCAUUGGUCAUCCAAUCAGAAUCAAGGCUGCUGAAGGAAUAUCACUAGAAGGAUAUAAACUAAUCCUACAGAAAAGACAUAAGGAAGAUGAUUCUCAGAAGUGGGUGUUUGGAACUGAUGGCUGCAUUUACUCUAAGGCUUAUCCUCAGUUCGUUCUGACUUACCUAGAGGAGCUAAAUGCUCACAUGGAUGUGACACAGACAGAGUACCACAUUCACCACGGCACCUGGACCUCCGCUCCUCAGGAGCAUGGCAGCAGCUUAGCAGAAGAGGUUCUGCAAAAAAGUGCCAGCAUCUCUGGUCUGAAGCAACUGACAGUGCCUUCAGACACCAAUUUAAUGCCAGAAGUUUCUCUUGAGGAAACAGGGCAGCUGACAGUGGCACUGGUGAGGAAACUGGAAGAGAAACAUCCUAAGGCUUCUGCUCAGAGAUGGGCCAUAAAACAUGAAGGGACCACCAAGCCGGGCCAGUGGAAACAUUCCAGAGUUGAAAAUCCUCUCUGGAACAAGCUUACCUACAUGUGGCCAGUCCUUCCCAACGGCCAACUAAAUGAGGAAUUUGAUUGGCCAAUAGAAGGACUUCUUGUGGCAAACAGCCCUCCCAUGAAGAAAUCCUUCUGUAAGACCCCACAGCAGUAUGUCCCUGUGAGGCUCAAAGUUUUGAAGAAUGGAGAUAAGAAUAGAAACAGAGCACUUACUGUAGUCAGUCCAAACAUGUCACUUGGAUGGAAAACACAAAAUGUUGACACUUCAAGGAAAGAGAAUGGGAAAAACUGUGUCACUAAAUAUUCAGAAACAGAAACAAAUCAGACUGAAUUUCACCAAUUUUUGGAGAGGUGCACUGAAAUUUUAAAUUUACCUUCUGCAGCUCGGAGACUGUUCAAUGAAAAGGGGAAGGAAAUCUUUGCCCUGAAAGACCUUCAAAGAGAUGACCUGGUGUAUGUUUCAUGUGGAGAACAUUGGAUCAAUCCUGACCUGUCCAUUGAUCAGCAAAAGAAGCAAAUCUUCCUUAGGAACUUAGCAUCAGAUAUUUCUAAAAUUCAAACUUUCUGCAGUAUACGUGAACUAGAGGCUUUUGUUUUAGAAAUCCAAAAUGACAUUGUGUCUGGAGCCAAGCUUGCUGUGCGUAAAUCUGUAGCAAUUUUUGGAGAAGAGAAGCAAAUUAUAGAGCUAAAAGAAAAGCAAAUGCAAAAACAUGCUUUAACAAUGGAAAAUGCUUCCAGUGAAACUCUGUAA